AUGCUGGAUAAAGUGGAGACCACCUUAAUGCUCAUGGCAGCUGGAGAGUUUUCAAUGGGGAUUUUAGGAAAUGCAUUCAUUGGAUUGGUGAACUGCAUGGGUUGGAUCGAGAAUAGGAAGAUCGCCUCCGUUGAUUUAAUCCUCACAAGUCUGGCCAUAUCCAGAAUUUGUCUAUUAUGUAUAAUACUAUUAGAUUGUUUUAUAUUGGUGCUGUAUCCAGACGUGUAUACUACCGGUAAACAAAUGAGAAUCAUUGAUUUUUUCUGGACACUAACCAACCAUUUAAGUGUCUGGUUUGCCACCUGUCUCAGCAUUUUCUAUUUCCUCAAGAUUGCGAAUUUCUUCCAUCCUCUUUUCCUCUGGGUGAAGAGGAGAAUUGACAGUGUGAUUCCUAGGAUCCUGCUGGGGUGCUUGGUCCUCUCUGUGUUUAUUAGCCUUUUUGUCACUGAGAAUUUGAAUGAUGAUUUCAGGUAUUGUGUUAAGACAAAGAAAACAAACUUAACUGUGAGAUGCAGAGUAAAUAAAGCUCAAUAUGCUUCUAUCAAGAUUUGCUUCAACCUGUUAACGCUAUUCCCCUUUUCUGUGUCCCUGAUCUCAUUUCUCCUCUUGAUCCUCUCCCUCUGGAGACAUACCAGGCAGAUGCAACUCAAUGCCACAGGGUGCAGAGACUUCAGCAUAGAAGCCCACGUGGGAGCCAUGAAAGCUGUCAUCUCCUUUCUCCUCCUUUUCAUUGCCUACUGUUUGGCCUUUCUCGUAGCCACCUCUAGCUACUUUAUGCCAGAGACUGAAUUAGCUGUGGUCACUGGUGAGUUGAUAGCUUUAAUCUAUCCCUCAAGCCAUUCAUUUACCUUAAUUCUGGGGAGCAAUAAAUUAAGACAGGCAUCCCUAAGGAUGCUAUGGAAAGUAAAGUAUAUCCUAAACAGGAGAAAUUUCUAA